GGCCCCUUUCCCAGCCGGGCCCAAGCAUGGCUGCCCCCAGGACUGCGGGUCGGGAAGCCGCCGUGCUCGCGCUUUCCUGACAGCCCCUGGCUGCUGUGGUCUCCUUCUCUUCCCCAGGCCACUCCAGCAGACAUGUUUGCCAAGGCCUUUCGGGUCAAGUCCAACACGGCCAUCAAGGGGUCGGACAGGAGAAAGCUUCGGGCCGAUGUGACAGCUGUUUUCCCCACUCUUGGAACUGAUCAGGUCUCUGAGUUAGUACCUGGAAAGGAAGAACUCAACAUUGUGAAGUUGUAUGCUCACAGAGGGGAUGCAGUGACUGUGUACGUGAGUGGUGGUAACCCCAUCCUAUUUGAACUGGAGAAAAAUCUAUAUCCGACAGUGUACACCCUGUGGUCUUAUCCCGAUCUUCUACCAACAUUUACAACAUGGCCCCUGGUGCUUGAAAAACUGGUAGGGGGAGCAGAUUUGAUGCUGCCAGGACUAGUGGUGCCCCCUGCUGGUCUGCCUCAGGUACAGAAGGGUGACCUCUGUGCCAUUGCCUUGGUGGGGAACAGAGCCCCCGUUGCCAUCGGAGUUGCUGCCAUGUCCACAGCUGAGAUGCUGACCUCAGGUCUGAAGGGAAGGGGCUUCUCUGUGCUCCACACCUACCAGGACCACUUGUGGCGAUCUGGAGACAAGUCCUCUCCACCAUCCAUUGCUCCACUGGCCCUGGAUCCCCCAGAUCUCAGUGAAGAGAAGGGGUCUGUCCAGGCAGACACCACCUUGCAGGGAGACAUGAGGCGCCUGACCCUGGAGGGAGAGGAGGAGGAGGGGGAGGUUCAGCAGAGGUGUGGGGAGAAGUCCCUGUCGGAAGCCACAGAAGACCCCAGUGUCGGAAGCCUGAACCCAGACCCCACGGACAGCAAGACCCUUCAAGAGCAAAUGGACGAACUGUUGCAGAGAUGCUUCUUGUGUGCUUUGAAGUACCGCGUCAAGAAGGCUGACCUCCCUUUACUCACCAGCACUCUCCUGGGCAGCCACAUGUUCUCCUGCUGCCCCGAAGGACGACAACUGGACAUAAAGAAGUCAAGCUACAAAAAGCUCUCUAAGUUCCUGCAGCACAUGCAGCAGGAGCAGAUUAUACAGGUGCAGGAGCUGAGCAAAGGGGUGGAGAGCAUUGUGGCUGUGGACUGGAAGCACCCGAGGAUCACAUCUUUCGUCAUACCCGAGCCCUCCCCGACCUCCCAGACAAUCCAGGAGGGUAGCAGGGAACAGCCCUAUCACCCUCCAGAUAUAAAAUCCCUCUACUGUGUCCCAGCCAGCAUGACCCUGCUCUUCCAGGAGUCUGGCCACAAGAAGGGGAGCAUCCUCGAGGGCAGUGAGGUCCGAACAAUCGUCAUCAACUACGCCAAGAAAAAUGACCUGGUUGAUGCAGACAACAAAAAUCUUGUGAAAUUGGAUCCCAUCCUAUGUGACUGCAUCUUAGAGAAAGGUGAACAGCACACAGUCAUGAAGCUUCCAUGGGACAGUCUCCUGAACAGAUGUUUGGAAAAAUUGCAGCCUGCCUAUCAAGUGACCUUUCCGGGACAAGAGCCCAUUGUGAAGAAAGGCAAAAUCUGCCCAAUUGACAUCACCCUAGCACAGAGAGCUUCUAACAAAAAGAACUAUGGUAGGGGCUUUCAGCUCUUACUCAUUCUGUUACCUCUUGGGCCUUGCUCAGUGAAAAUAACUACUAAAGAAUCGCUGAAGGAGGGACUUCCCUGGUGGUGCAGUGGUUAAGAAUCUGCCUGCCAAUGCAGGGGACAUGGGUUCGAUCCCUGGCCUGGGAAGAUCCCACAUGCUGUGGAGCAACUAAGCCCAUGCGCCACAACUACUGAGCCUGCGCUCUAGAGCCCGCGUGCCUCAACUACCGAGCCCACAUGCCGCAACUACUGAAGCCCACGUGCCGCAACUACUGAAGCCUAUGUGCCUACAGCCUGUGCUCCGCAACAAGAGAAGCCACCGCAAUGAGGAGCCCGUGCACCACAACGAAGAGUAGACCCUGCUCGCCGCAACUAGAGAAAGCCCACAUGCACCAAAGAAGACACUACGCAGCCAAAAGAAAAAAAAAAAAGGAAAGAAUCGCUGAAGGAACUGAGUGUGUUUAGCUUGGCAACACAAAGUCGUAGGGAACAAAUUACAUCUGUCCUCAAAUACGUGAAAAGCUGUACUUGGAAAAGGAGUGCACUUAUUUUGUAUGCCUUGAGAAGACAGAAAUAAGAUUAUUGGGUAGAAAUCCCAAGAAGCCAGACUUGGGUUCAAAAUAAAGAACUUUCUAGUAGUGUGUGGUUAUGAACGUGGGCUUUGAGAUUAGAGACCUGGGUUCCAGUGUGGCCUUGCUGCUUGACUUUGAGCAAGUUACUUAAUGUUAUUUUGCCUGAGUUUCCUUAUUUGAAGAAUGGGGAUAAUACCUACCUCAUAAGGUACUGUGAGGAUCAAAUGAAGGAAUAUAUGUAGGCGAAGCACUUAGAAUAGUACUUGGCAUAUAAACAUUCAAUAAAUGAGAACCAAACAAUGAUAACCUUAAUAAUUAGCAAUAGCCGCCAUUUCUUGAAUGUGUAAUUAUGUGUGAUGAUGGUUUUGUCUUUAUGUUAAAAAGAGCCCUUGUCUUUUGGCGAUACGUACGGAAAUAUUUGCAGACGAGAUCUGAUGUCUAGGGGGAUUUGCUUUAAGGUAACACAGGAAUGGGGGUGGGUGGGGAUA